AUGUCUCAACCACCCCAGAAAUCCAUGCUCCAAUCCCUGCGCAACUGGGGAGAAAACUCGGUGCCGCCUACACUGAUAGCCACACUCAUCACAGCUCAACAUGCUCGACCCUUCCAGGCCUUCCCCAUGAUGUUCCCGCCAGUCCUGCUGUUCUCGUCAUAUCUGAACCUCAGCAACUACAAGACAGACGCGGCGGGUAUUACAGCUGCGUGGAGUGGGCUGUACGCUUUGCUUGCUAUGCGAAGGAGCCAAAGCGUCAGGAACAAGUUCAGCGUCCGAGGCGUGGUAAGAGGAGCAUCGCUGGCUCUCUGCGCUGUCAACGUUGUAGGCUGUGGAUUGGCCUAUACAUUUGGCAAGCGCGAAAAGGAAGAAAAAAAGUAA